AAAAAAAAUAUAUUUUUCCCCCGUGGCUUUCCUGGUGCUGCUGAUCGCUCCGAGUUGUCUUUGUGCCGAGUCGGGGAUUAUUAUGGCUAAAACUCCGAGUAAGAGCGGCGGCGGCGGUGUGAGGACGGGCAGGAGUUUCCUGGACGAGCUGCGGCACUUUCACAGGAGUAAAGGGACGAGUUUUAGAAAGAUCCCAAUAAUCGGAGGAAAAGAGUUGGAUUUGAGUAUUUUAUACAGCAAAGUCACUUCACUCGGAGGAUUCGCCAAGGUCACUGAUAAAGGGCUCUGGGCAGACUUGUUGGAGGAGUUUAACUUUCCAAAAGGUUGCGCCAAUGCAGCGUUUGCUCUGAAGCAGUACUACCUGAGGUACUUGGAGAGUUAUGAGAAGUUGCAUCAUUUUGGGGAGGAAGAUGAGGUGCUCACCCCAACCAACUCUCGACCACAAGCCGUGGUUUCUGGGGUUCAUUUGUUUUAUAAUCGUCAUCAGCAUAUUAUCCCAGAAAGCGUACGUCGAGGUUAUGGACUUUUUACGGAUUUUACAAGAAUUGGUGACUAUAAUAAAGUGGUGCUGUCUUUACUUUCGGGACUUCCAAACGAAGUGGACUUUGCGAUCAAUGUUUGCACGCUCAUGUCACAUGGGAACAAGCAGGUCCUGCAGCUGGAGAGGGACCCAAAGGUCGUUACGCUGCUGUUGGCACACGCUGGCAUUUUUGACGAUAGUCCAGGAACCUACUUGAAUGUGUAUGAAUCUGAGUGGAAAGUAAAAUCUGGAAGGGACUUCAUAAAGUUCUGGAAAGAUACGGUUGAUGAUCAUGAAGUUCGUGAGCUUAUUGGAGAUAAAAGUCAGAGAUCUAAAGAAGCUGCUUGCGACGAUCGAUGGGACUCGGUUCUAUUCCACCCUCCACAGAAAUUGGGCAUUAAUGACCUGGAAGGGCAGAGGGUUCUGCAGAUAGCUGUCAUCAUCCACAAUCUGUCCAUGGAAGAAGGAAAUGCCAAGCUGUUGGCGAACCGAACGUGCCUGCGGUUUCUGCUGCUAUGUGCUCACAAUCGACACGUUUCGCUCAGGCAGGUUGGGCUGGAUACGCUGGGAAAUGUAACGGCAGAGCUGCAGUUGGAUCCCAUUGAUUUCCAAAGUACCCAAGUGAUUUUUCACACCAUCACAAAAUGCCUUUAUUCAUCAGACAAAUGGUUUCGAAUUCGAGGAAUGGAGAUCUUGGCUAAUCUCUGCAAGAUUGAGGAGAAUGUGGAUAUUAUCUGUGAAUGUGUGGAACAGGAAUCCUACCGGGAGAUUGUGAAUCAUUUGGCCCUCCAGGAUAUUUUGCUGUUGCUUGCUAGCUUGGAAGUACUCUAUAUGCUGUCCAGUCUGGGAGAGGUGACUUGCACAAAGAUCAUUAAAGUGGAGAGAAGCAUCGAUCAGCUUGUCUGCCUUGUGUCAGUGGAUAUGCAGAAUUUCCCUCCAGACGCACUGGCAGCCGUGAAAUUGGUGGAACAGCAGAGCACUGUGCAGCAGGCAGCACCUGAACCCAGACAACAAACGGCCACAACGGAGCAGGCUUCGAACAACAGCACACCUGCAACAGUACUGAGGCCUGGGAGUACUCUUCCAGUUCCUUCUACCAACGUGAUUGAAGUCGACAGUGAGACAUUUACGUGCCAAUGGUUGAAUGCCAACUUUGAAGAAUGUGCAGACAGCUCAAUCUACCGAGUGGACUUGUACUCUGAGUACCUCUCGCUGUGCAGUAAACUGGGCAGUGGUGGUAUCUUAACGUCCACAGGUUUUACUAAAUGUCUUCGGUUGACUUUCCCGAAUCACACAAUAAAGAAGAUUGAAGAUGCCGGUGCUAAUGGUCAGUCGCAGUUUCACGUGGUCGGGAUCAAACGUAGAGCGGUACCUUUUCCUAUCACAGCAUUUCAUCAGGAGCAGCAAACGCCAAAUCAUUCCUUCGCCACGUUGAGAACGGGUCCUGUUUCGAACACAGGGCUGACCUCCAUUCCUGUUGGUUUGGCUCCUUCUCUGGCACAAAGCCCAGCAGCUCAAUUCCACAGAACCUCCUUUUCCACAAGUCAACCAGUCUCUCAAAUCAUCUACACCACCCAGACCCAGACUCCCGGGAUCAGUACUUCGGGCCAGCAACAGCAGUACUGUGCAAUUGCAAGCAAAGUGCCCUCAUCAGUUGGCGGGAUGCAGCCAAGUACCAUCCAAGUGUCCACCACUCAUCCAAGCUUUCAUUCUGCAGCGACCACAGUAAUCCCAGGGAAUGCACUGUUUCAGGUGGCAGCUACCAAAGUCACUGCAGCAGUGCAGCUGCCCGCCAUGACCUCGUCUGUUCAUCUUCCCCACAUGGCGGUCGCUCACCAAUCUGCCUCUGGACAACAGCCCAUCUGUCCGGCCACCACUGUUCCUGUUCUCCAUCAAACACUGCCGAAUGCUCAACUUGCUUCGAGAACACAACCAGUUACCAGCACUGCCACGAUCUCCCAAGGACAGCUUCUCCAGUCUCCCACUGCCCAACCUGUGCAGGUGCAUCUGCAGUACGCAGCAGCUCCCACCACUGCUACUGCAGUCCAGCUACCCAGCGGUCAGGCUUUGACCAUUGCAGGUGGUCACAAUUCACUUUCCUCGCAGACAUUUCAAAGCAUUAGUCCGACAUCAUUAGCUAUUGUGAACAAUUCCACCCAGCUACAACAGCAACAACCCCAGCAAAGUGUCCAAGUGAUAGUGGGACACCAAGGCCAAGUUUAUCCUGCCAGUUUUCAUCAGAUUGUUCUGACAAAUCCAGGCGGAAUUUCUUCUGCCCAGUUGGCCCCAACCACGCUACUCAAUCCCAGCACCUGUGGGCAAGUGCUUUCAGUCCAGCAGCCCCCAAUUCAGGUCCAUGUUCAGCAGCCUUCCAUGGGAGGCCCUCAGUCUAACACUGGUGAGACCAGCGUGAUCAAACAGUUGCUGCUUCCUAAACCACCCCCUCAUUGCCAAGCUGGCAAGCUCCUCCUUCCUGUUCCGCAGGUACCAUCCUCCAUCACCAGGGCUCAAAGCCCUCAAGUGGUUUAUCAAGUGAUGCCGAGCCCAGUCACAAGCGUUGGACUUCAACCCCAGUCUCAGCAGCUGGUUGUAAGCCAGCCAAACAUGCAGAUCCUCCAGCCACAUGGGGGUCUGCAAACAGUGCAAAUUAUUCCUGGCCCAUUCAUCUCUACAACCAGCCCUAACCCCAUUCUCCAGGGGACACCCCUUAACCAACAAGUUACUGUCACUGUGGUGCCUAACCCCAGCUUUACCGACACACCCAUGACCCAAGUAAACACAAACCCAGCAAAUAAUGUUCCUGCUGACCAAAAUGCAAAAGCUGGCAUCGGUAACCCUGUUCUUCAGGUGUCCGGUGUUCCGUGCAACCAAAGCAGCCGUGUAGGGAGUGAGAGUGGGGGAGAGAGAAAUACUUGUCAAAAGACUGAGGAGGCUACUAAUAUACUGAGCUCACAAUACCAAGAACAGACUAUUGGACUGGUAGAAAAUUCUCUCUUGGGUAAUGCUUACAAUGCCAGCAACGGACACCUAAAUGGAAAGACUGUUCAGACGGGGAAGCUGCUUAAUGGGGAGAGUAGGAAUGAGAACCCUGCCUCAGGGAUGAAUCAUUGUGGUUUUGUGGAGAAUACACCAGCUUUCCAGGAGUCUAAAGGUAGCAGUGGGGCAACUUUGACCAAUGGGGAUCCAAUUCUAGAGAAAUUGGGUACAACAGAAAUAAAAAAUUCUUUAAAAAGGCCAUUGAUCAAUGGGGACUCUGAUUUUGCUAAAGGCGAUCGUUCACACAUAGGGAAGGAUGUUCCUAAUGAGAAAUCGGUUGCUUCUAACCACUUGGGGAACGGGGAGAUUCUCAAUCAGGAACACCAAGAUAUAAAGUGUCAUCCCGAUGGUGAGAGUAGCCAACUGGGCAAAAUGUGCAAUGGACCUUCUUCAGUUUCCAAUGUGAAAUCACAUGCACACACUACAGUAAUAGUACCAAAUCCUACAGUUCAGCAAGCACACAGGAACUCUGUAUUGAGUAGUGGAACUGCAGCAGUCACUUUUAAUGUACCAGUGUCGCAGCCUCACCAGAAUGGUAGUGUCGUCUUACAGUCCUACCCUGUAGCAUCAUCUCCAGUCGCUGUCUGUCAGAGCAGCAGUGCAGUCAACGCUCCCCAUCUUUCUCAGUCUUCUGCGGGUGAUGGUCAGCCAUGUCGGCAAGCCACCAAAAGGCCUGGGGAAGAAGCGACUGCUAUUGCCAUGGCGGACAUUCCAAAUAAAGUGGGGGUAAGAAUCAUGACCGUCAGUGACCCCGCAAAGGCUGGCAGCAACACCAUGAUGGUGGCCGUACCUGCGGGAGCUACCAUUAACACAGCAGCAAUAGCAGGAGUUCCUAAAGUGGCUUCUCCUGGACCAGUGUGCAGUCAGACAGUUACCCAGCACCAGCAGCACAUGGGGGCUCAGGCCUCACAGGUACCAGUCUCUUCUGCGGAAACCGAACCGGUCAAGAAACCCAGCCACAGCUUCAUGUGUCUUUGGAAAGACUGCAAGAGGUGGUUUGAAACUCCUUCUCGGGUGUUUUACCAUGCAGCGACUCAGCAUGGAGGCAAGGAUGUGUACCAGGGUCAGUGUAUGUGGGAGGGCUGUGAGCCACUUCCUCGACAACGGCUAUCAUUCAUCACCCACUUACAGGACAAACACUGUUCAAGGGAGAACCUGCUCGUGGGAUUGAAGCGGCUGGAGCAGAAAGCACAACUGAGCAGCUCACAAACUACAGUAAAACAGCCUCCAUCAGAGAGUACAGCUCCAACACCUAAGACUCAGAAGACCUUAGUCAGUCAUCCCAGCGCUGCCCUUAUGGCAUUAAGGAAAGGCUCCCGGAAUCUUAUUUUCAGGAAUUACAUGGAUGAGAAGGAAGGGCCAAUUGUGAAGCAUAUUCGCCUGACUUCUGCCUUAAUCUUGAAGAAUGUUGCCAGAUACUCAGAGAUUGGGCGAACCUUGCUUAAACGGCAUGAAAAUAACCUGUCUGUACUGGCCAUCAGUGGUAUGGAGGCUUCCACUGCACUUGCCAAAUGCCUUUAUGAACUCAACUCGCAAGAACAAUCGGAGCCAGCAGACAGCAAACGCUGAGAGGGACGUGGAACCAUGAAAAUCCAGCAACAGUAAAACAAGGGUCAAUGGAGGAAAUGUAAUCACUGUAUGGAUAAAGAACUGGAAUCUUACUAUCUACAUUUUGUACCCUUUUACUAUGACAUAAUAUUAAAAGGAUUGAUUUUUUUUUAAUUAUUGGUUUAGCAGGGAAGUUCCUGUUAUUCCAGGGACCAGAACUGCCUGCUAGUCUUCAUCUCUCUCUGGAGCUUUUUUGUUGGAACAGUUUUGUCACCUGAAGAUGUGGUCAGUUUAAGUCAAGAACAGGAGCCUGGUUUAAAAAAAACACGCAUAUGCACAAACACACACAAACAUACACACACAGCAAAAGGGAAAGCAUCUGACUGGAAAAACUGAUGGGUUCUGUUUCUCGGCGCCAUAAAGGCCUGUGGCUUGUGGUCAGUCCGGGUACCUGCAGACUGCCUCAGGGAGCUAACAGCUUAAGUCACGACUAGAAGCGAAUUUUAAAAACUUGCCCCACCAGGAAAUAGAAUUUCCAUGAGUUUAUAAAUUACUAAUUUAUAUUUCAUUCCCUGUGUGUGUUCACAAUGUAAAAAUUCAAUGUUCUAUCCAUAGGAAUGAAUGUGUGCCUCCAGUGAUCCUGCUCGCUGAGCAGCGCACACACACUGCCCUGAUUCCCUGUAACAGCCCAGGAGCCUGCAGGCUGACACCUGCCGGGUCCCUCAGCCUUCUGUCAAACAAGCAACAGAGAGAGCACAGGGCUGAUCGGAGCAGCAUCCCGCCACAUCCGGAUGCACGUUUGCAGUUGACGUUUAAGCUUCUAAAGCCGCAAACUGCAGACAAAAACCCUUGAAGUUUUCCACUUUGCCCCCUCCCCACCACCACCGCCCUGUUUGAAGUGGAGUAUUUCUCACUUAUUUAUUAUAUGUAAACUAUCACCUGUUUGUCCCGUUUUCAGAGUCGUGUAAAUAUUUGUGAAUAUGGAAAAUGCCUACAUACGACUGCAGGAGAAUGAAGGGAAAGGGUGUGACAGUACAGAGUGAAAUCUGGGUGAGCGCUUGGGCAGAUCCUGAAUUAGCCACUGUGGCAGAAACGUGGGUCUCUCUUUCCAUGGGUGUCCAGACAUCCACAACCAGGCAGCUUUGAUUCCGUUGCAAUACCAGCUCGUGCCACUAGAUGUCGCCAGCAUUUUUUGGAAGUGCUACACCACAGAACAUUUACAAAGCUUUUCUGGUGGAGUAAUAAGAGAUUGCCCCCUAAUGUUGCCACUGCAACUGAAGCUAAUUAAUUGGGCACCAGGGUGAAAUGUAUUCAUCCAUUUAAUCUCGGAUCUAUUUUGCUUUACUAAGGACAAUCAAUAUGGAUCUCAAAUGCCCAGAAUCAAUUGGUGCCUAAGAAAAUAACCCACAUUGGAAAAAAGUACCCUUCCCCAUGAACCCGUCUCCCCAUUAAUGGGAUAAACUUUAUUUUGACUUAGUGGCAAAGAAAAAAAGCAAGCACGCUUUUAUUUUUCUGGGUGGGUUUCUAUCCAUUUGACCACUGGCUAACGUGAUGUGUGUCAGCGCCCACCUGGAAUCAGAGGAUCUAGUUUUUUUGUAAGUUACCUGCCAUAUGUAUGUAAAAGCAUAUACAUAAAACACUGCAUUGAGCAGCGUGGAAUUCUGUGUACAUAAUUUCACAAAGGUACUGAUGCUGUAUAAUAAGAUUGGCACAGUUUUGUGCAGCUGUGGUUUUGUAUUAUACACCAUGUAAAGCUUUUGCUUGUUAUGAAAUAAUAUAUCGCAUCAUUUUUCUAUAAAAGGUAAAAAAUUCCAAGACAGAAUUUAAAAAAAAACUGUUACAGCAUUUUUCCUGAGAUUAGGGCCCAUUUUAGAAAACCUUUAGUCGCAGCACAACCUUCAAAACUUGUAUAGGAAUUUUUUUUUAAUUUGUAAAAUGUAUUUAAAUACAUGACGUUUUAUACAGCUUUAUUUUCACCUGUGUUAUAUUUGUAAUUUGUGUAGGUGUGAUAUUUCCCUGUUAUUCCUUUGUUCCGUUUUUCUACCCGUGACAUAUUAAAGUGUUUUUUAGUGUACAGUA